UUCCUUUUAUUAAUCUCCUCCUUAGAAAAUCCAUCCUUUUUUUAGCCCACAACUUUUUCCUUUUUCUCUUUUUUUUUUCUUUCUUUUUUUUUUGCUCUUCAAUGGCCUUUUUUUUAUCUUUAAUUCUUAGAAGAGUUCAAUUUUACAUCUCUAAAAAAAAGGUCAAUUCAACGACACCACCACCUACUUUAUGUUUUCUCCCUCUUCUUCCAUUUUAUAGAAUUUAAUUCAAAGCCCAGCUUUUCGCCUAUAUAUCUCUUUUAAAUAAAAAAAAUAAAAACUCUGGGUCAUUGGGCUCGUCAGCUAAUGGCGGAAACUGGGUCCUUCUUUGAAUUUUUUUUUCUUUUCUAUUUGUAAUUAUUUAACAUAGUUUUACUUGUUUUCAUUCGAUUGAUAAUUGAUCUACUUUGUUGGUUCUUUUAGUCCUUAGCCGGAGAAAUUCGCAUAUUUAUUGUACUUGAGUUCCGUUAAUUUAAGUUAACAAACAUAGGUUUUAGUUGGGUUUUGGUUGGUUUUUUGUUUUUGGACAUACUAUAAAUAUGGAUUUGAAAAGUGGAGACGAAGGUGGUGGUGUCAAGACACCAAAGAAAUCAGAUGAUCAGGGAGGAAGCAGGAAUCCUAAGCUGAAGGGUACUGGAAGUUUUAGUAGCAAAGAUAUGAUUUUUAGAGCUGAUAAAAUUGAUUUAAAAAGCUUAGACAUACAGCUGGAGAAGCACCUGAGCCGGGUUUGGUCUAGAAACGUUGAUAACCAAAGGCCUGCAGAGGAGUGGGAGAUUGAUUUGGCUAAGCUAGAUUUAAGACACGUUGUGGCUCAUGGAACCUAUGGGACUGUGUAUCGAGCCACUUACGAUAAUCAAGAUGUUGCUGUUAAGUUGUUGGACUGGGGGGAGGAUGGUAUUGGUGCAACUGCUGGAAUUGCUGCCCUGCGAGCAUCAUUUCGGCAAGAGGUUGCUGUUUGGCAAAAGCUUGACCAUCCUAAUGUUACAAAGUUUGUGGGGGCCUCAAUGGGAACUUCAAACCUCAGAAUUCCUUCACAAAAUGCUUCAGCUGACAACCACAGUUCCAUGCCUUCUAGAGCGUGUUGUGUUGUUGUGGAGUAUCUCCCUGGUGGCACACUAAAACAAUACUUGAUAAGAAAUAGGCGAAAGAAACUUGCCUUUAAGGUUGUGAUCAAGCUUGCUCUGGACCUCUCUAGAGGUCUGAGCUACCUACACUCGAAAAGAAUUGUACAUCGUGAUGUCAAAACAGAAAACAUGUUACUCGAUGCUCACAGAAAUCUCAAAAUUGCUGAUUUUGGUGUUGCUCGUGUUGAAGCUCAGAAUCCAAGGGACAUGACUGGUGAAACUGGUACUCUUGGAUACAUGGCCCCAGAGGUUCUUGAUGGCAAGCCCUACAACAGGACAUGUGAUGUCUACAGCUUUGGCAUUUGUUUGUGGGAGAUUUAUUGCUGUGAUAUGCCUUAUCCAGAUCUUAGCUUUGUCGAUGUGUCAUCUGCUGUUGCUCGACAGAAUUUACGACCAGAGAUCCCGAGGUGCUGCCCGAAUUCUUUAGCAAGCAUCAUGCAGAAAUGCUGGGAUGCGAAUCCAAAGAAACGUCCUGACAUGGAUGAGGUAGUGAGAACGCUAGAAGCUGUUAAUACAAGCAAGGGCGGAGGGAUGAUACCCGAUGACCAUACGCCAACUUGCUUCUGCUUGCUCCCUACUCGUGGUCCAUGAUUCUAUUCUAUUCCAUUUUAGGUUAAAAUAUAUCAUAAGUCCUUAUACUCUUCACAAAUUUAGAAUUUAGUCCAUGUACUUUUCUUUUUAGGAAUUUCAUCCCUCUAUUUUUUAAAUUUUGAAAAAAAAAUACUCACUUAUUAGUCAUGCAACUAAAAAAUGGCGUUGUAA